AUGUCCCCGAAAGUCGUGCCCGAGCCCGAGGAGAUCACUGGGCAAAGUGCUCUUCCCAUUUCGCGAGUCAAGAAGAUCAUACAGCUUGAUGAAGACAUUGCGCAAUGCUCCAGCAAUGCAACCUUUGUGAUUGCCAUGGCUACGGAGAUGUUUAUCGAAUAUCUCGCAGAACAAGGGCACAAUGUUGUCAAGUCAGAAAGGAAGCCCCGAAAGACGGUGCAGUACAAGGACCUAGCCACCGCCGUGUCACAUAUCGACAACCUUGAAUUCCUUUCGGACGUGAUUCCCAAAACGACAACCUAUAAGAAAUUCAAGGAGAAAAAGGCCAAGGAUGCUGCGAAACGCACCGAGAUGGAAAAGGGUCAACGAACGUUGAACGGGAAUGGCUCUGGACCUGGAAGGUCAAACGGCGCCUCUGCUGAUCCUGAUCAGAUCGAUACUACGACUUCCCCGACAUCUGUCCCACGCACGCCAGUUGUGCCUGUGAGCGUUCUGAUUGCUGACGAGCCGGUUGAGCCGUCUGGCCGAGGUGAUCCCGACGUUGAGAUGCGGGAUUGA